AUUUCAUUUUAUAUAUUUAUUAUUUUUCAUUUUAUAUUAAGUCGAAGUAGAAAAAAUGGUUUUCAAAUGUUCAUUAAAAACUUGCAGAGAAAGCACUCAAAAAACAGAAAACCUAAAAAUGCAUGGUAUUCCUAGAUCAUUAUGUAUGAUGGAGAAAUGGGUGAAAGCUAUUCAACAACACCAACCAGACUUUAAUGCUACAACUCACUCUAAAAUAUGUAGCAUGCAUUUUUUAGAGUCUGAUUAUACUUUAAGUUUAGUUAAUAAUCAAAAAGUUUUAAAAAAAACUGCCAUACCUAGCGUUUUUAUGAACUUUUCAUCUAUGAUUGAAGUCAUUGAAGUAUAUGAAGAUAAUAAUAUGGUUCUUAAUAUUGAAUCUACUAGCUCAAUGUCUCCAGAGUUAAGUUCAUCAACUGCUCAAGAACUUACCAUAGAUACGCAGUUAUUUGAGAAACAUUUGCCAAGUAAACCUGCUUUAGACUCCACAUUAAAGUUGUCUCAAAACAUAACAAAAGUCAACAUUGCAAAUGAAAAAUUGCCACCUCCUGCUGUUGAGUUAACUCCUGCAUUUAUAACUCCUCCUCAACCAAGGAAACGUAAGUAUUAUGUUGGGGAUUUCAAAAGCAUAGAUGACUUAGAAAGUCCAAAUAGUCGACGGAAAUUAUUAUAUGCUGCUAAAAAGUCCAGUGAAAAACAUGUAUCAACUAUCAAAAAACUAAGAGUACAAAAUUAUAGUUUACAGCAAAAAAUUUCAAAUUUUGAACAGCUGAUUGAUCAUCUUAAAAAUGAAAAUAAAAUUAAUGAAAAUUGCUUUUCAUUUCUGAAGGUAUGAAUAAAUUCUUUGGUAUUUAUACUACAAUGUGUAUGUUUACUACUAAUACUUGUGUUAUGUAUUUAUGUUUGUAUUUUCAUUUUUGCAGGUAUGAAUAAAUUCUUUGGUAUUUAUACUACAAUGUGUAUGUUUACUACUAAUACUUGUGUUAUGUAUUUAUGUUUGUAUUUUCAUUUUUGCAGGUAUGAAUAAAU